UCACUCACACCCCUCACCUUCUCCCAAUCCACCAAAUGGAAAACUUGAAAAAUGAAUGCCAUGUUCUUAUUGCAAUAUUUCCAGGCCAAGGUCAUAUUAAUCCAUCCCUACAAUUUUCCAAAAAAUUAAUCAAUUUAGGUGUUAAAGUCACUUUAUCUUGUAGCCUAACAGCUUUCAAUCGCAUUAAAAAUCUCCCAAAAAUAGAAGGAUUAACCUUUGCUCCUUUCUCUGAUGGCUAUGAUGGAAAUUUCAAAGGUUCAUUUGAUGAGUAUCAUUUACUCAAUUCAGCAAUAAAAAUUCAUGGUUCUGAAUUUAUUGCCAAUUUAAUUAAAUCCAAGGCAAAAAAUGGUUGCCCUUUUACACGUGUUAUUUACACUAUUAUUAUGGAUUGGGCUGGUUUAGUAGCCAAAAAAUUUAAUAUCCCUUCUACUUUAUUUUGGAUUCAACCAGCUACUGUUUUUGAUAUUUAUUAUUAUCGGUUUACUAAUUUUGCUAAUUAUUUCAAGAAUUGUGAUUCUCAGGAUCAAAUUAUUGAGCUACCAGGUUUGCCUUCACUUAGUUCAAGUGAUUUUCCUUCGUUUGUAUUUGAUGAUGUGAAGUCUAAUGAUUGGGCAGUUGAGUCAAUUAAAAGGCAAAUUGAGAUAUUAAAUAGUGAAGAAAAUCCAAGAAUUCUUGUUAAUACUUUUGAUGCAUUGGAACUUAAUGCUUUGAGGGUUUUGAAAAAUGUAACUAUGGUUGGAAUUGGCCCUUCAAUUCCUUCAUCUUUUCUUGAUGAGAAAGAUCGAAAAGAUAAUUUUUUCGUAGCUGAUAUGAUUGAAAGUGAAAAUAAUUACAUGGAGUGGUUGGAUGCAAGGGCGAAUAAAUCAGUUAUUUACAUAGCAUUUGGUAGCUAUGCUGAGAUAUCAAAUCAAUGGAUGGAAGAGAUAGGUCAAGGGUUGUUGAAAUGCGGAAGACCAUUUUUGUGGGUGAUUAGAGAAACCCUAAAUGGCGAAAAACCCGAGGAAAAUUUGACUUGUAAAGAUGAAUUGGAAAAGAUUGGGAGAAUAGUGCGUUGGUGCUCGCAAAUGGAAGUCCUAAAACACCCUUCUGUAGGCUGUUUCUUGACUCAUUGUGGAUGGAAUUCGACUUUAGAGAGUUUGGCUUCUGGUGUGCCUAUCGUGGCAUGCCCGAUUUGGAAUGAUCAAGUUUGCAACGCAAAGCUCAUUCAAGAUGUUUGGAAGAUUGGUGUCAGAGUGAACGCUAAUAGAGAAGGUAUUGUUAAAAGAGACGAGUUCGAGAGGUGUAUAGAGAUUGUAAUGGGAGGUAGUGAGGAAGGAGAGGAAUUGAGAAAGAAUGUCAAGAAAUGGAAGGAUUUGGCUAAGGAAGCUAUGAAGGAAAAUGGUUCAUCUAAUGUAAAUCUCAAGGCUUAUGUUAAUGAGUUUUUACUUGGUCAUUGUUAAGAGAAAAAAAUAAGUUUAGUGCUAUCAUAACUAAGAAGCCUUUUCUUUUUUUCUUAGUAAAUUAUCUUAGUUAAUGUAGAAAUAGUGAAUUUGUGUCCCUCAGCUGAUGACCUGAGUUGUCAAUCACUUAAUUGAUGGCCUUAAUAACAUAGUUAAUUUAAUUGAAGCUUGUGUGA